GGUGGUCGUUACAACUAGUCACUACCUGCGCAGAUUUCAAAGAGGAAAGAAAAGUCCGCCAUUCUUCUUGAUGCUUUUUAUUUUAUUUCACACCAUACGGGCAUAAUACUAGAAAACACCCUGAAUUUGGAGCUAUUUAUGCAUUUUCAAUGCCACUGAAAUCGAUCUACCGGUAGUAUGGAAACCCGCGGUGCUUAGUUAAGACGCUUGUGAACCAAACAAAAACAAACGCGGUUCCUUCGCAGGAGAACAAGUCACCUGCAACCUCCGUACAUUGCACAUAUUUUGACGAGUUGUUUUCCCUGUUAGUUUACGAACUCUUAAUAAUGAUUACAAAUAAAAUACUAUAUCGAUGAUCGGUCCCCCUAUUCAGAAAUAAAUCCAAGACACCUUGGAAAAUGGACAAAUUCGUGGUGCGUCUAUCAAACCGGGAAGUACCAAAGGAAACGAAGGGUAAAGAAAAGGUGUAUCGACAAGCAACUAUUGAGUCUCUACGCGUAAGUUUCUGUUACCAACCGCUGCUCAAGUCAAACGUUAUAUUAUAUUGUGUACUUAGGCCUGCCUAAUAAGAAUGCGUACAUAAAACAUAUAUAAUGUGUCUUCCUACCAGAGAGUGGUGGUGAUUGAGGACAUUGAGAGGUACAAGUCCAUGCUGGAACUGCCUGGUCAGACCAAGGAGAAUCUGCUACUAGCCCUGGCAGAGCUCAACAAGAAGAUGCCGUCCAAGGAGGUGCUCAAGUCAACCAGAAUAGGUAAGAGAAUAAUCCACCACCCCUUUGCCAUUGGGACUCUUCACUUGAGGUAAUCACACAAACUGGAAGGAGCGUCAUUCCUUAGGCCUCUUUUAGCACACUGUCUGUGAACUUGGAUCAUGGCAUUGCUUCCCUUCCCUUGCCAUUCACUUAAUCUAUUCAAACAGUCUAGUAGUGUAUUCAUUAAUUUCCUAAAUACCUACACCUGUUAAAAGUUUGUCUUCUAUGUUCUGCUUAUCUCAUUCUGGCACACAAAUACAACCAAACACAGUCAACACACCAACACACACUCACAGAUAACGCCUCUCGUCUCUUUCCUUCUUAGGCCACACUGUUAACAAGAUGCGUAAGCAUCACCCCGACCCUGAGGUGACUUCCCUAGCGGCAGAAGUGUACACUGCAUGGAGGAGUUUCAUUGAAGAGCACUCCAACAAGCCCUCCAUAGAAGUACGCUGUGACAAGCAGACUGAGGGACUGAGGAACAACGCCAGGAGAAUGCUGUCUGAAGCUCUGGGAGUGGAGGUGAGAAGACUUUGACUGUGUGUUGGGAUUGUCAAUACACCCAUCUCUCUUUUUCUCUUGCUGUCUUUGUUUGUUUCUCUUCCUUUCUCUCUCUCCCUCUCUCUCUCUCUCUGUUCUCUCUCUCUCUCUCUCCUCUGUGUCUCUCUCUCUCCUCUCUCUCUGGUGUACUCUCUCUAUCAUCCCUCGCUCGCAUCCUGUUUGUGUCUGUGUCUGUGUAUCUCUCUGUGUCGUGUAUCUCUCUCUCUCUCUCUCUCUCUGUGGUCUGGUCUCUCUCUCUCUCUCUGUGUAUGUGUCUCUCUCUCCUAUCUCUCUCUCUCUGUGUCUCUCUCUCUAUCUCGUCUCGUGUCUCUCUCUCUGUCUCUCUGUCUAUCUGUCUAUGGUCCUCUGUCGCUAUGUCUCCUCUGUCUUCAAUGUCUAGUUGUCUGUCGCUCUGUCUCUGUCUUGUAUCUCUCUCUCUCUCUUCUUGUCUCUCUCGCUCUCUCUCUGGGCUCUCUCGAUUUCUCUGUGUCUCUAUCUAUGUUUUGUCUCUCUCUCUCUCUGUUGCUAUCUCUCUAUCUGUGUCUCUCUCUCUAUUUGUGUUCUUCUCUCUGUAGUAUGUGUCUAUCUCUCUUGUGUCUCUCUUCUAUAUCUCUAUCUCUUCUCUCUAUCUGUUGGCUCCUCUCUCUCUCUGUGUCUCUCUCUCUGUGUCUCUCUCUCUCUGGUAUCUCUCUCUCUCUGUGUCUCUCUAUAUCUGUAUAUGUUCUCUCUCUCUAUCUGUCUGUUGUCUCUCUCUAUCAUCUCUCUCUGUUCUCUGUCGCUCUCUUGUCUCAGUGUCAUUACCUCUCUCUCUCUGUUGUGUCUCUCUCAUGUCUCUGUCUCAGUGUUCUCUCUCUCUGUCUCAUGUCUCUCUCUCUCUCUCUCUCCUUCUCUCUCUCUCUCUCUCUCUCUCUCUCUCUCUCUCUGGUAUCAAUGUCUCUGUCUCUCUGUGUCUGUCGUCUCUCUCUCUCAUCUCUCCUCUGUGUCUCUCUCUCUCUCUCUUGUGUCUCUCUCUACUCUCCCUGUGUCUCUCUCUCUCUCUGUUGUCUCCUCUCUCGCUUCUCUCUGGUCGCUCUCAUCUCUCUGUGUCUCAUCUUCUUCUGUGUCUCUCUACCUCUUCUUUGUCUCCUUCUUCGGUGUGUCUCUCUUCUCUCUGUGUGUCUCUCUCGCUCUCGGUGGUCGCUCUCUCUCUCUGGUGUGUCUCUCUCUCU